CUUGUCAGAUUACUUUCCAGAGAAACACAGUCAAUAUCCUAAUCCACGGCGCACCCGAUAAAUCCCAGUGCAACUCAGCUUGAAACCGUUCCGGUUCCACACACUAUUUUCUACAUUUUCUGCAAAUUAAUUCUCAUAAAAAUCUUGAAGACGAAGGCGAACCCAAAAACCAGGCCGCCGGAGUUUGCUUCUUCUCUGCUUUCUCCGGCCACUCUCCGGAAUGUUUGCUUGAAUGAUUUUUGUUGAAGUGGGGUUUCCGGGACCCGGGACCCGAUGCUGAUAUUUCUAUACACAAGUGUGGAAGAACAACUGAGGAAGCGUAGUAUCCUGUGAAGGGUAUCGAGUUUGAUCAGUAGAACAAAAUGGAGCAAGGUCUGUCACUGAGUGCUCUGACUGCGUCUUGCAAUGGUGGGGUAUGUGGAUCAAUGCCUUCGUGGAGGAGGCAUUUCAAACUAAUGAGCAAAACCCGGAUAAGUACUGGUGUCGAAAGGUGUGGUAUCUGGCAUCUGUGCCGUCAAAGCUUAUUCUUAAGAGGUAACACCGAUGUGGUAAGACAAAGGAGUAUGAGGGUGGAAGCUGGUUGGCUGUUUAAAGGGGGUGAUCAGGGGUUGAAUGCAAGCUCGGAGCAGAGCGAGAGUGCUAAUGAAGAUAUUUUGAUAUUCUUUUUUCAGCUGGACCUGGCAACACGAGUACAGUAUGCUUUGAACACGGAACAGUAUGAUGUUGCACAACAACUAAGAAACAAGCUGACUGAGGUUGAAGCUGAGGUUAUUAAGCAGCAGGAGGCAAAAAGGGGUUCGUCCCCAAAGAGUGAAGCUCAAGAUAAGGCGAUAAGUAUCAUUCGCUUACGUGCAGACCUGCAGAAAGCAAUUGAGAGUGAGAAUUAUGCAGUGGCAGCCAAGCUACGAGAUACAAUUUCUAAACUGGAGGCAGAGUCACUGGCUGCAUCCGCCAAAGCUUUAGCACAUGAAAAUGCAAAUUAUUCAUUUCGUUUGGGACAGAGAGUGAGGCAUAAAAAUUUUGGCUAUCGCGCCGUGGUUUGUGGGAUGGAUCCGGUGUGUUCUGAAUCAAGUACAUGGAUGGAAACUGCACAGGUUGAAAAGUUGAGACGCGGUUCUAAUCAGCCAUUUUAUCAGAUUUUGGUUGAUGUACAUGCGGACCCCAACCUUCUGGUGGCAUAUGUUUCUGAGGAGAAUCUGUUAGCCCCUGAAGAACCCGACUUGGAUCAAUUUGAUCAUCCCUACAUUUCCUUUCUAUUCUAUGGGAUGGAUGCAGCUGGAGAUUUCAUCCCCAUCAAGCAAUUGCGAGAGAAGUACAAUCGGCCACGACAUGAAAUCCCCUACGAUCCUCAAGACGAGGGGGAAGGAAGAGAUGCUUAGUGAAAUCCCGGCAACAGACCCUUGUAUUAUAAGACGCUGAUUCACGUACUGCCCAUCAAUAUAUUAUUUUCUUCUUUA